AUGACUAAAUCUCCUCUCAUUUUCUCUGCCGCCGUCACCGUCCUCCUCCUCCUCUCCUUAUCCCACUUCCCCGGAGCUCUCUCUCAAUCUUCAAAAGAUUGCAAACCCGAGUCCGACAACGCAUGCACGGACAAAAACAAAGCAUUAGAUCUCAAACUCAUAGCAAUCUUCACAAUCCUCAUCACAAGCCUUAUCGGCGUUUGCCUCCCGUUCUUUGCCCGUUCCGUUUCCGCUUUCCAGCCCGACAAAUCUCUUUUCCUCAUCAUCAAAUCCUUCGCCUCCGGAAUCAUACUCUCCACUGGUUUCAUGCAUGUCUUGCCUGAUUCUUUCGACAUGCUUUCAUCUCCUUGUCUUGACGAUAACCCCUGGCACAAGUUUCCUUUCACUGGCUUUGUCGCCAUGAUCUCUGCUGUUUUCACACUCAUGGUUGACUCUAUCACUACCAGUGUUUUCACCAGGUCGGGCAGGAAGGACAUGCGUGCCCGAGUUCCAGCUGACACUGCAGAGGUGGUGUCUGCUGAGACUCCUGACCAAGAGACUGGACACGUGCAAAUUCACGCGUCCCAUCAUGGUCAUGGUCAUGGUCAUGGUCAUGGUCUUAAUCACAAUCUUCAUGGAGAUAAUGAAAAGGAGCUUGGUUCUUAUUUACAGCUUCUGCGAUAUCGUGUUAUUGCGAUCGUAUUGGAGCUAGGAAUAGUGGUGCACUCGAUCGUUAUAGGACUAUCAGUAGGAGCCACUAACAACACUUGCACCAUCAAAGGUCUCAUUGCUGCUCUUUGUUUCCACCAAAUGUUUGAAGGCAUGGGUCUCGGUGGCUGCAUCCUCCAGGCAGAGUAUGGGUGGGUGAAAAAAGCAGUGAUGGCUUUCUUUUUCGCGGUGACCACUCCUUUUGGAGUGGCUUUAGGGAUGGCAUUGUCUAAAACUUACAAAGAGAAUAGCCCUGACUCACUCAUAACGGUUGGGCUACUCAACGCUUCCUCGGCUGGACUACUCAUCUACAUGGCUCUUGUCGACCUUUUGGCCGCUGAUUUUAUGGGCCAGAAGAUGCAACGGAGCAUCAAGCUUCAAUUAAAGUCUUACGCUGCCGUUCUUCUUGGUGCCGGUGGCAUGGCCGUCAUGGCUAAGUGGGCUUGAUCUACAUCAUAAUAUUGGACACAUUAUCUUAUAUGUAGUUUAAUGUAAAUAAAUACGCCCAAGUUAUGUGAUCAGUGAUCAAUUUCUAAAAAAAAUUGUUAACUCAUGAUGGAGAUUAAAUAGAUGAUAUCUUCCC